AUGCCGCCCGAUCAGGGCGAAAAGUUCUACCACGAGUACUGCGCCUUCCCCGAAGCACACCAACACGUCUUUGCCCCGGCGGCAGCACCGCCGCUCAUACGGUUGGCGCGAGCAGCGCCAGCCGUGGCAGCGCGCAGCGCGUUUGACGACGACGACGCGCGGCGCCAGGCAGCCAACGCCUCGGCACAGGUCGCGUACCGGCCGCCGUUUGCGCCGCACAGCAGCAGUCAGGGACAAGAGAGGAUACCAGGUGGCAGCAGGUGGGCCGAGGUCGCGGCGCUGGCCAGGCUGCAGCAGCGCGACUGGUCGUGUCCGACGGGCACGAGUAGCUGCGCGGCCAUCGGCUUCCCAAACAGCUGCUGCAGCGCCGGCGAGCGGUGCAUGCAGGUGGCCGACACGGGGCUGGGCAGCGUGGGCUGCUGCCCGGCCGGCGCCACGUGCAGCGGCAGCGUGUCCAAGUGCGCCCAAGGCAGCACCGCCUGCGCGUCCGAGAUUGGCGGCGGCUGCUGCAUCCCGGGCUUCGUGUGCGAGGGCGUGGGCUGCGUCCAACCCGCACCGUCUCCAUCGCCCUCCUCGUCUCCUCCACCAGCUGGACCCACGACCAUUACCAGCACGUCGACGAGCAUCAUCUCGGCACCCACGCCCUCCACCGUGGUCGUGACCGUCGUCAUCACACGCACGCCGUCGACGGCGCCGCCGGCCACGAGCACCACAACACAAACCGUCUCUGCAUCACCAUCCUCGUCACCGUUCUCAUCACAGUCCUCGUCCGACUCCUCCGGCGCCGGCGCCCCAUACCGCCCGACGUCUUCACCCAGCGACGGCAGCACCGACACCAACACGUUCUGCCCUACGGGCUUCUACCCGUGCCUGGCGUCGGCCGGCGGCGGCUGCUGCCAGACGGGCCGCGACUGCCACACCACCAGCUGCCCGCCCGUGGCUCUGACCACCAUCGUCAACGGCGGCGGCGUCACCGUCGUCGUGCCCGCCAACGCUGAUGCCACUGCAACUGCCGCGGCAAAGUGCGCCGACGGCUGGUUCCUGUGUGGCGCCGACGCCGGCCCCGUCGCCGGCUGCUGUCCCUCGGGCUACGGCUGCGGCACCGCCAGCUGCUCGUCUGUGGCUGGAACUGCUGACGCUGCGGGCACCGCGUCUGUCGCCAAGGCGCUGCCCGGGAGUAAUUCUGCGCCAUCUGCUGCUGUUGCGGGGGCAGGAGGGCGGGCGCUGGCUGUUGUUGUUGCGAUGCUGGCGGCUGGCGGGCUGGUAGCGGUGCCUUUUUGA